CCAUACCACUCCACUCCGUCGUCCAGGUCUUUAUCGAGGUCCUGGACAUCAAUGACAAUGCCCCUCUCCCAACGCAGCCGGUCUUCAGGGCCGAGGUGCCGGAGAAUAGCCCUAUGGGUGUGUACGUGCUGACUGUGGAAGCGGUAGAUCCCGAUACAUCGUCUAGCGGGAACCUAACGUACAGGCUCAAGACAAACUCAGCAAAGAAGUACUUCACCAUCGAUGAACGCACAGGUGUUAUCAGCACCGCAAGCAAGGCUCUGGACCGAGAGGCCAAGAAGGGAGAGGAACAUCACUUUGAGGUUGAGGUCUCGGACAAUGGCAUCCCAUCCCUUAAGUCCAUCGCUAAAGUAGUGGUCACCGUCGAGGAUGAAAAUGACAACGAUCCCAAGUUCAUCCCCGCCUCGACCGUAACCAUCCCGGCGAUGGAUGACCCCGGAGAGCGACGCUUCAUCUGCCGUAUGAUGGCGACAGACAAGGAUGUGGGUUCCAACGCGGAGCUCAGCUACUUCAUCCGAGACGGGAAUACGCAGUCACGGUUUUACAUCGAUGCCACGACGGGAGAGGUGACGUGCAGUAAAACCCUGAUUGAUGGGGAGAGAUAUGUUCUUCAGAUUGAAGUUAAGGACAAUGGGCCGAUGCGUCGACGGAGCGAUCUUGCGAGGCUCCCCAUCAUAGUGACCGCUGCCCCGGUGCCCUCCUCCAGCGCCCCUUUCUUUGAGGAGAUGUUGGAGACGGAAACCCGAAUCACAGAGAACUACGUUGUAGGAAGCUUCAUCAAUGCGAUCCUCGCAAUCGAUCCCGAUGGCGAUGAAGUCAGAUAUGCCAUAGUUGAUGGUAAUGAGGAUGGAGCUUUCUUCAUCGAUCCUCAAGGAGGCUUCAUCUUGAUAGCCCAGCCCCUGGACAGUGAGACCAAGUCUUCCUAUGAUCUCACCAUCUCAGCAUCAGAUGGGUUCAAUGAAGCUACCACAAUGAUUCGCAUCUUAGUAACAGAUGUCAACGACAAUCCUCCCAUACUUGAGCAAGAGCUGUACGAGAUAGACAUUCCAGAGAACACUCGGGUCAACACCCCCAUCCUCCAGAUCAUGGCCACUGACCGCGACGCCACCGACCGCCUCGUCUUCACCCUCCCGAGCACCUCGGACCCUGCCAGUCGCUACCGAUUCCGUAUCGACACCCACAACGGUUACAUCUACCUCAACGAGAGCCUGGACCACGAGUCCCAGCGCCAACACGUGCUCAACGUGGAGGUCAAGGACUAUAACUACGGCACACAUCGGACCUACGCCAGGGUGGUGGUCAACGUGAUGGACUCCAACGAUCACAUGCCGGAGUUCAGCGCCGAGAGCUACGAAGGGAAGGUGUACGAGACAGCUGCUGUUGGGACGCGAGUGGUGGAUGUCUAUGCGUUUGACAGGGAUCAAGGGUCGAAUGCUGAACUGACCUAUUCCAUAGUGCAAGGAAACAUUGGUCAGGCAUUCAACAUUGACCCGAUUCUGGGCACAGUGACUGUUGGACAUGAGCUGGACAUUGAACAGGAGGCCGAAUAUGCCCUGGUGGUCCAAGCCAUUGACCAUGGUGUCCAGCCACUCAGCAAUGUAUGCUUCGUCAACGUGACUGUGACUCUCUCCAACAAUGCUCCGCCCAGGUUCAGAGAGGAGGAGUACAUUAUGGAAGUUGCAGAGAAUCUUCUUGGUAACCAGUUUGUGGCCCAGAUCUCCGCUGUGAGUCGCUCAUCCGUCUAUUACGAGAUCACCAGAGGUAAUGAUGCCAGGCGUUUUGAUAUCAACUCCAACUCUGGUAUCAUCACAACGACGAUGCCUCUGGACUACGAGGAAGUCACCAUGUACAAUCUGACGGUUCAGGCCACCAACAUGGUGGGUCUGCGCACCAAUACAUGUCUGGUGAUACAUGUCCAGGAUGCCAAUGAUAACGCGCCCACGUUUAGUUCCGUGGAGUAUGUCGGUAGCAUCUCGGAAUCGGCUUCACUCAAGAGCGUCGUCUUGGAUGAGAACAGUCGUCCGUUGGUCAUCAGUGCAGAGGAUGCAGACUCGGGUCACAACGCUCACCUUGUCUAUGAGAUCAUUGAGAGAGAUGCACAGAUGUACUUCAGUAUUGAUGAAAGCACUGGAGCCAUUCGUACCAAGAUGUCUCUGGAUCAUGAGCGUAUCCCCGAGUUUGAGUUCACGGUCCAGGUCCAUGACACAGGCAGUCCGCAGAUGAUGGCCAACAAACCUGCCAGGGUAAGGAUCACCAUCAUUGAUAUCAAUGACUCACAGCCGCAGUUUGUCAAGGCAGUCUUUGAAGCACAGCUUCUGCUGCCGACCUACGCUGGUGUCUUCAUUCUGACGGUAACAGCCAUUGAUGAUGACGACGUCAGCAUGUCUCAACUUGAAUACUCCAUCCACGAAGGCGACCGUAGUCACCACUUCAGUAUCGAUGCACAGUCUGGUGACAUCUUCGUUGCCAAUGGCACCAGCUUAAGCAGUGAGUAUGACCUGACUGUCCGUGUCACUGAUGGUCUCAACUUCAACGAUGCCCAGGUUCUGAUCCACGUUGAAGCUCGCCCCACCUCCAGCUUGCGGUUCCCUGCCAACGAGUGCUACGCCAUCAUCCGCGAGAAUUCCAGUACUGUCCAUGACGUUGCCGUCCUCUCCGUCAUAGGAAGCACCCUCAAUGAACCACUCACCUUCACGAUCCUCAACCCCUCACCCAUGUUCUCCAUCAAACCCACCUCCGGGAUUGUGAGAAACACAGGCAUUCCCUUCGACCGAGAAGAACAGGACAGCUAUCACAUCGUGGUGGAGGCCAGGGAUAGACGCACACCACCUAGAGUGGCACACAUCAUUGUCAAUGUGGAGAUCUUAGACAUCAACGACAACCCGCCUAUCUUCAUCCAUCAUCAGUACAACGCCAUUGUCCAGGUGGAUGCCAGUGUUGGAGAAGUCGUAAGACAGGUGACAGCCAUCGACCGAGAUGUGAGUAAGAACGGUGAGGUCCAGUACACCCUGGUAGAAGGUGGUGAAGGCCACUUUGCCAUCGAUUCCAGCUCCGGUGUCAUCAUAGUGAGAGAGAAGCUCGGAGCCAACUCCCAGAAUAAGAACUUCACUCUCAAGAUCAAGGCCAGUGAUAGAGGCAAGCCCAACCACAGCACCGUUGUGGACGUUCCAAUCACCGUACGCAACAAGGCCAUGCCUGUCUUUGAGGAGCAGUACUACAGGGCCACCAUCCCUGAGGACCUGGAGCUGCACUCUGCCGUGGUCCAGAUCCAUGCCAUCUCACCCAAUGGAAGGGACCUCAUCUAUAGCAUCGGUGAAGGAGAUGAAUUCAACCAGUUUGAUAUCAACCCUCUGACAGGCGUAAUUAAUCUGAUUGGAGCUGUAGACUACGAGACCCGUCAACUCUACGGCCUUGAGGUCCUGGCCAGUGACACCUUGACCGGUGCUUCGGCCAUGGUCACUGUCGACAUCACUAUCAGCGACGUCAACGACGUCAUGCCUAGUUUCAACCAGAAGAUCUACCAGGCAGUGCUCUCAGAGGCCGUCUCCGUCGGCGCAACCGUGCUCCAGAUAAGCACCACUGAUCAGGAUUCACCCAAGAACAGUGGUGUUCGCUAUCAGAUCGUCCAAAGCGACAACCAGACGGGACACUUCCACAUCGCUGCCAACAGCGGACUCAUCCUCACCUCGCAUGUGCUCGACUACGAGGAACACAAGAUGCACAACUUUGUCGUUGUGGCAACAGACAGCGGGAUGCCACCGCUGAGAAGCGAGACGAGAGUCAGUAUCCGCAUCACCGACAUGAACGACAAUCCUCCGCAGUUUGUCCACAGGGAUUAUUACUGUUCCGUGAGUGAGAUUGCAGAGCGGGGUGCCUUUGUGACAUCUGUUUCGGCAACGGACAGGGACAUCUCUGACAUUGAUCAGCUGACCUACUCCAUCGUGUCAGGAAAUGAGGAUAUGACCUUCACUAUCAACAAGAAAACAGGUGUAAUCAGCCUAUCCAACUCUCAGAAGCCUCAGCUCAUGUCAGGGCGUGACUACCACCAGCUGAACGUCUCCACCUCUGACCACGUCUUCACCAGCUCAGCCACCGUCCAUGUCAACAUCACGCGAGUUAACCGCCAUUCACCGGUCUUCAGCCAGGACGAGUAUGUCACUGACUUCAUGGAGAAUGGCACUGCAGGAGAAGUUGUCUUUCAGGUGAUGGCUACUGAUGAUGAUAGUGGGGACAAUGGUGUCGUCACAUACUCCAUCAUCAGUGCCGAGGCGAGACGAAUGUUUGACAUUGACAGUGCAACAGGAGAGAUCCACAGCAGGAUGCUCCUUGACCUUGAGUCCGUCAGUGACAGGACGCUACCCGUACCUAUCAUGGCUGUGGAUGGCGGAGGAAAGACGGCCUACACCACCGUCAACGUCAUCCUCAACGACAGGAACGAUAACGUACCACGCUUUGAGAUGAGGGAGUAUAAAGCAUUCACAAGAUCUGGCGGGGAGAGCCAUGUCCCCAUUUUAGUGGUCACUGCAACCGAUGUAGACUCUGGAAGCAACGCCUUGUUGACAUACUCCUUUGAGAGCGGUACAGCUCAAUCUGCGUUGGAUCUCUUUGAGAUUGAUCCCAAGACGGGAAGCAUCUCAGCAUCGUCAUCUCUGGAAGGAGAAGAGGGAUCUACCUUCCAAUUCUUUGUUGGUGUGACUGAUGGUGGAAAUCCUCCACUGAACUGGGUGACAGCAGCAGAGAUCUACGUUCUCUCCCAAGAUGAUGAACUGCCAUUCUUUGAUGGGCUGGUCAACGAACCUGACAUUGAUGUCGCAGAGAACACACCAGUGGGAACAAUCCUAUCCACCUUCUUGGCUCAUAGCAACUCAUCGCUCACCUAUUCCUUGGUUCCUGGUAACGAAGCCCACACCAACGAUCCAUCGCACUUCUCCAUCGAUGAGCACGGCAACCUGACGUUGGUGAGCUCCUUGGACUUUGAGUCUGUCUCUUGGUACAAGCUCAUCAUCAAGGCCAGCACAAACACAGAGCCAUCUAUAGCUACCUACUUCACCGUCCUUGUGACUGUGACCGAUGUCAACGACAACAUGCCUGUCUUUGAAGACACAACGUACAGCAUCAGCGUUCCAGAGAACACUCCGGUUGAUGAUGCUAUCCUGAAGGUUAUUGCUAGGGAUGCGGAUGCUGGGUCCAACGGCCAAGUCCUCUACUACCUUGAUGUUGAGAAUGACCUGGAAGUGUUUGAGAAGUUUGAGGUCAACGAGAUGUCAGGUAUGUUGACCAUCCAAGAGGGUCUUGACCGGGAGACGGCCGUCACCUACGACAUCCUCAUCCUAGCCAGGGAUGUCACCAACGCUGAUUUCUCAGCAACUGCCACGGUUCACGUCACUGUGGUUGACUUCAACGACUCGCCGCCACGUUUCACGCAGAAGGUCUAUCCGGGAGAAGUCCUCGAAAGUGAUCCCAUCGGAACCGUGACUGUCUCCAUCCAAGCUGUUGAUGGCGACGUUGGCACCAACGCUCACGUCGUCUACUACAUCACAUCAGGGGACCCAUUCAAUCACUUUGCCAUCGAGAGCAACUCUGGCAAGAUCUACGUUGCUAACCCUCUGGAUCGGGAGCUGAAGGAUACGUAUCGCCUCAAUGUAACAGCCACCGAUGGGCUCUUCUCAGACACUGCUCAGGUUGUGAUCUCAGUGCAAGACAUCAAUGACAACUCUCCUGUCUGUGCACAGACCCUGUACACUGAGAACAUCCGAGAGAACUUAGCAGCAGGCCAUUACAUUCUCUAUGUAUCUGCAUCUGAUGCAGACAUUGGAAGCAACGCUGAAAUAACCUUCUCUCUGGAAGGUCAAGGGUCAGAAUUAUUCACUAUCGAGAAAGACCUAGGUGUAAACACUGGCACCGUCCGCACGUCUGGAGCCCUGGACUACGAGACACAGCAGUUCUAUCGCUUCCAGGUGAUUGCCAGCGAUGGCGGUGGACUGUCCUGCUCCUCAGACAUCUCCAUUGGUCUACUGGAUGUGAACGAUAACCCUCCGGCGUUCACACAGCUGGUCUACAACGUCAGCGUCAGUGAGAACACAACUGUCAACACAUUGCUGACUAGAGUACAGGCCGUCGAUCCCGAUAAAGAUGCCAACAGGCGACAUAGGUACAGCGUAAGAGGUGGUAACAGUGAAGGAACCUUCUCUCUGGAUGACCAGUCCGGUAUCCUGACCCUGACGGAGCCCCUGGACCGAGAGCUCCGCAGCCAUUACAACCUGACCCUUGCAGUCACCGACAUCCUCCAGGCAAGUCUCUCCACCUCGUCCCAGCUCAUCGUCAAUGUCCUGGACGAGAACGACAACGAGCCGCAGUUUGAGAGCGAUCUCUACAAUGCUUCCAUUGCUGAAGAUGCGGAGAUUGGAAGCACCGUGGUCACUGUGAUUGCAAUCAGCCAGGACGUGGGACUCAACGCUGAGAUCAUGUACCAGAUUGUCUCUGGCAAUGAGCAUGGAAAGUUCAAGAUUGACAGUGCCAUAGGUGAGAUCACCGUCGCUUCUGAAUUGGACUUUGAGAUGUCCAACAAAUACUACCUGACGGUCAAGGCCACGGACAUGGGCACCAACCCACUGUCCGACACCACCACCAUCAACAUAUUCAUCACCGAUGCCAACGACAACGCUCCGCUCUUCAGCGAGGACAUCUACAGCACCACCAUCAACGAGGCAGCGAGAGUGGAAGGGGAUGUCAUCCAGGUGAUGGCAACAGAUGCUGACAGUGGAGCUAACGGUAGAGUGUCUUACUCCAUCAUCCAUGGCAACCUCUUCAAUCAGUUCAUCAUCAACCCUGACAAUGGACUGGUCAGUCUAGCAGCUAAACUGGACAGAGAACAGAUCGCUUCAUACUCCCUGGGUGUGAGAGCCAGUGAUGCCGGUGAUGAACCAAGUUUCACUGAUGUCACCGUCCAGAUCAUCGUUGACGACAUCAAUGACAACCCUCCUGUGCUACCAAGACAGAACUAUACCAUCAUACAGCAGGCUGAUACUCCAGUGGAGUCUGAUAUUCUUCAGCUAAAUGCUACAGACCUUGACACGCUAGCCAAUGGUCCUCCAUUCACUUUUGAGAUCGUCAGAGGCAACGACAACGGGGCAUUCGUCAUCACGUCUACCAAAAUGUUGAAAAACAGGAUCUGGUUCAACCGAGACAUUGAGACACAGUACAACUUGACCAUCAAGGUGACCGAUAGCGCCCGGUCGCCGCUCUACUCACUCUCGUACAUCAAGAUUAUCAUCGUUGAUCCUAUGAACGUCCCAGAGGUGGUCACGCCGGUCAAGAUCACCAUCAGUUCCUUCGAGGAGACCUUCCCCGGUGGCUGGAUCGGACAGAUCUCUGCUACCGACCGCGAUCCUUAUGACGACCUUGUCUUCGAGCUCCAGAACGACAAUGUCUUCCGCAUCGGUCAAGAAGAUGGCAUUAUCAUCGCCCCACCCGACCUGGAUGAAGGCUUCUACCACAUCAACGCUAGUGUCAGUGAUGGACAGUUCACUGUAUACGCCGAAGCAAACGUAACCGUCCGGAUGCUGAAUCAGGCCAUGCUCAAUAACAGCGCCACCAUCACCUUUGCUGACGUCACGCCCGAGGAAUUCCUUCCAAACUCUGGCAUCUUCAUGUACACAGUGGCCAACCACUUCCCGGGUGCGACCCCAGAGGAUGUUACCAUCAUCACCAUCCACCCAUCGGAGGAAAACAUCGAGAAUACCGACGUUGUUUUCUCAAUCCAUCGUAGCAAGAGCAGGGAGAGUUUCUUCAAACCGAAGCAGAUCCAGAGACAGGUCGAGGCCCUCAGCGCCGCUCUCCAGGAGCGGAUGAAGCAUGAUGUGGUAUCGGCAGUCAGUGACCUGUGCACUCUAUUCUCCUGUGAGGAGAGCUACAUCUGCAGUAAUGAUGUCAGGUUGGACUAUUCCAACAUCUUGACGUUCUCAACCGAUGAUGAGAGCUUUGUGUCGUCCAGACUCUAUAGGGACUAUACCUGCACCUGUGUCGUAGGUUCAUGUGCGACAACCACUAAGAAGCCUACCACUACCAGGGCCACGACGACCCCUGCACUCCGCACUCCCUCCGUCAUCAACCAAGACAACCCUUGUGCUAGCAACCCAUGCCAUGCCAACAUGAACUGCCGCUGGGAUGGCUUCGAUGGCUACGUUUGUGUAUGCACGGAUGACUCUUUGUCCUGUCUACCUGGACCUGACGAGGCCAUGAACUUCAACGGCCAGAGCUAUGUGACCUACAAUCACCUUGUGCUGUCCACUACAUCCACUCAGUUCUCAUCCAGUGUGAACACAGAUCGUCCGAACGGUAUCAUCAUGGAUGGUGCUGGAGAAUUUGACUACAGCGUCCUGGAGAUAGAGAACGGAUACCUGACUUAUCGCUUGAACUGUGGUUCGGGAGAGGCCAAGAUUCGCAUCACUCAAAAGAAGGUGAACGACUUCGGCUGGCACAAGAUCUCAAUCAACCGAGAGAAGAACCAUGCUGUACUGACCCUCGAUGAGCAGUACACAGCGGAAGGCACAGCACCGGGUGAAAACCAAGACCUCAACAUUGACACCAUCAGCAUCGGCUCCAGUCCGCCUGCCAAGGGGAGGGUUCGUCGCUCUGCGGAUGUUGGUUUCACAGGAUGCAUGGGAGGACUGAGCCUGGAUAAUUCACCGCUACCUCUCCUGGGCGAUUCUGUCCAGCCGCAUAACAUCGGCAAGUGCCAGCGUAAAUGGCCGAUGGCCUGUAGCCCCAACCCUUGCCAGAAUGACGGGACCUGUCUGGAUUACGGGUAUAGUACCACCUGUGACUGCCUUCAUAACUGGUCUGGAGAGCGAUGCGAGAAAAAGAACUGCUUGGAUGCAGAGUGCGAAGGGAUCCCUACAAUCACAAGUGGGUUUCCUAUGCGCCUCAUCAUCAUCAUCAUAGGCGUCUUGGUCGCUAUCAUCAUCAUCGUCUUCAUCCUCGCUGCGUGUCGAUACCAUCGUAACAAGAGGAGACGGUCACGCUAUCCCGCCCGUGACGGAAUGGGCCGAAGCUACGAUGAUGAUUACAAGCGUGACAGCAAGCUAUCGGACUCUGAUUAUCUUCAGAGUCUGCCGCUUAACCCCGUCGCCGCCACCCCACCGAGCCCGACGCCUCCUCCGCUACCGACACGCCCAGCGUCCUACACCCGUAGCAACCACAAUUCGCUGAAUAAUCUGGACCGUGAUCGUCAUGACGACAUACCGUUCCAUGGGCAGCCGAUCAGUAUGCCGCCCUCUCUAGCCCCCGUUCCAUCAAACUCUGCAUCAGAUAGUGACUCCAUUGCUAAACCUACAUGGGAGUUUGACACCCCAAGUACACAUAACAGUUUUAUCGAUGGGCGUGACAGCAACAAGGGUCUUAGCCCUCACCCCUUGCAGCACUCUCAACCCAGCAUCCUACCCCCUGUAAGGCGUGGCCACAACACGCCCAUGAACAUCCGCCAUCCGGUAGAGAGUCCCCCUGCCUACCGGGCAGUCAACCCCAACCAGGCGGAUAUGGUCUCCAUGAGCUCCGUCAAUACCGAGAAUGAGGACGAUGGCCUCAGAGGAUUCCAGUGGGAUUACAGUGACUGGGUUCAACAUCCUGAAUCCCUCAACAACAUCCCAGAGAUACCCCCUAGAGCCCCUCGAGACAGCCCCACCAACGUCUCCACCACCACAUCCCACAUCAACGAAGAGGAGGACGACUACGAGACGGAUGAAGACGAGUACGUGGGUGGGGAUGACACAGACUACCCACCCGAGAACGACGACAUGCCCAUCGCCAGAGCGGCUCUGCACUUCCGACGUGAGCUGGAGAACUACCCACCUAUGGAUGAUGAUUAUGGCGGGUUGCCGUUGAACGCCAUCAACAUGCGACCGGGUCAUUACUUGCCAUCUCACGGGGGAAGCACGUCAACGGUGCCGCCGGACUAUGACGGUAUCGGAGGCUCCCCGGAUCAGUCUACACCGUUUUUAGUCCCGCAGAGGAACCACCUGGCGAGGGGGCCAGACUACCGACGACCUAUCAGUGACAUUUCCCAAGAUGCACUGUCCAUGUCGAUGUACACGUCGACAAACGCUUCGUGCUCCGACGUGUCGGCGCUGGAGCCGGACAGUGAAAUCAAUUUGAGUGAAUUUGAGUUUGACCUUGAGGACCAUUUAACAAAUCUACAAACGAGUACAGAUGUCUAGCAUGAAGAUGAUUGACGACGAAUUAAAGACUUGAUAAAGAACAUUUGAGGAGUACAUUAGACUAUGCUGCUCAAGACCAUGUGAUCAGCUGGGUAUCGAUUGUGGGAUACAAAGAGCUACAGAGAUAAUGUUAUACACUCAAUCAUGGCAGCAAGAAAUGGCGUUAGUAUUUGAUAUACAUACCUGUACAUCAUUGUAAAAUCUUGCAGUACGUCAUUGAGUUUGAAUCAUUUCCCUGUCAGCUGUGUCAAUGAACAAUUAAGCCCUUUUGCUUCUAAUGUCAUUAGGAAUUCUAUCAAGCUUCAAUUUCAAAAAGUUAUAAUUCUCUGUCAUGAGGGUACUUCCUUUUCAAUGUUUCAUGGAAUAUUUUGGGAAGCCAGUCACUGGAAUACUGCUGAUCUUUAACAAAUGUAAUCUCAAAUUUCUAGAAUUUCAUAUUUGCUGAGAGAUAUAUGAAAGCUUGUAAUAAAGUAAGCUUUGUAUGUAUAUUUGGAAAAUUAUUAAAUAAGACAAACAUGUACAGACGGCUCAAAGUAUUCAUUGAUUUUUACAUACUUAAUCUUGUAUCACAUAACAAGGUAUUGACAUAUAUAUUUAUAUGAAAAAGAUAUGAAAACUGUUCGCACGUUAGGUUCCAUGUUCAGAAUGUUAUGAUGUUGUAUAUUGUAAUAUAUUAUAAAGGUAAGCUGAAAAUGCCUUUGCUCUAUCGGACUAUGAAAUAAUAACCAUUAAUAAUUUCAUUCAUCAAUUUACUACUGAUGAUCAACACUGUCAUAGAGUCAUGUGUGAAUGUUUCUGGUAAGUAAAGUGUCAAGACAGAAUUGCACAGAACUUUUGUCAGAAUUACUCCAUCAAUACUUUCCUCUUUUAAAGUUUUUAAGAAAUUUGUUUUUAUGUUUUUUUAAAAGAGAAGAAAAUGUAUAUUUGUUUCUUUCUAUGCUGUCUUUGAUUAUGAAGAGAAGAUUUAAAAUCAUGCAUAUCUGCAUGUUUGUCAUAUAUACAAAAAUAACUUUCAGUACCUUGCUUGUGUAUAUGCCUGGAAGAAUAUAGUACAACAUUUUCUCUGUAUCUUUUUUUUGUAUAUUUAAGCUCUCAGUACAACUUUGUGAUCUGAAAACUCAUACUUCUUGAAGGAUGUUUACGAUUAUUAUUGAUGUGAUUUUGGUAAGAAAUUCUAGUACUCUUUGUUCGGGAUUAAAUCCUGAAUGUUGUAUGUAUAUAUCUGCUAAGGGGUGUAUGAUACCAGGUUCAACUACAGCUUAAAAGCAUUUUUGUCUCUUUAAUUUUGUGUAUUCGCCUCUCUUGUUUCGAGGAGCAUAUACUUUACACUGAUUGAUUUCACUUCUUGUGUUUGAUGAUUAUUCUUGUCUUUUCUGAUUUAUUUUGAUGAUUUCCUUCUCUGUUUUCUGAGGAGAUAAUGGUUUUGAAUUUUGUUACAUUUUCAUCUUAUGCAAAUAAUGACAAUCGUGGGUGCAUGCAUGAUAAUGACUGUUUUUAUAAUUGGUUGAAAUAAUGGUGGCUAUAUUGUAAUGUAAGCAUAUGGAAUAGGGCUACAUGGUAUUGUUAGAGAUAAAUGUGUAGGAGUUAUAUUAAUAUGUAUAUGUUAAGUCUUUAUUCUGUUAAAGUAGCAUAUUUCAUGUGUUUGUAAGCCGGUUUUCACCACCUUCAGAACAUUCUAUAUUUUGUUCAGGGAUAUGAUUAGUACCGUGGCUAUUAUCUAUUUUCUUGUCAAACUUGAUAUUUCUUUCUCACUUUUUUGUAAUGACUAUCAGAAUCGGAAGUUCUUUUUCAACAAAUCAUGUUCUUUAUAUAACUUCAUUUAUUUAAGAAUAAUAGUUUUGAAUUCGUGGAAAGAUAUUCAGUCUGCUGACCUGGGUAAUGUAUUGCACUUUAAUCGGUCCAUGUUACUUGGAGGGCAAGGUAUGCAUGUACAAAGAUUAUUACUACUACUAUUAUUAUGAUAGAUGGUAACAUUAAAUGGCUGUAUUUUGACUGAAAAGAUGAUUUUGAUGCAAUAUAAACCCCAUCUGAGCCCUUGAGCUUGCAAUUUCUGUUUUAGACUAUUUGUUUUCCAAGCCAAGCAGCAUUCUUCCUCGCAGUGAUUGAAUUGUUUUGAAUCCAACAGCAUUUCAUACACCUUCCAAUGUCAAAUUGCAUCUCAGAAAAGAGUUUAGUUAAGAGGGUUUUAGCCCAUAGAGUAUAUUUUUGUUAGUAUUGUGGUAUUGACUGAUAAAAUGGUUAUGCUAGAAGUUUAAUUACACUGCUUACAUGAAAGUGAUGAAUUGGGACACACUUUGAUGACAUAUUCAAUCAAAAUUUACAUAUUUAUUCUGAGAAAUUACCCAUAAUAUUGUAAAUAACUGCUGCCGAUGUUUAUCACACAAGUAUAAUCAGGGAAUCAUUGUAUUCAGCGGUAACGACAAGUCAAAAUGAUUAUAACAAUUUUCUUUCACUUAUUGUAUUCAGGAAUUCUUGGGAUAACAACAUGUAUAGUUUCAUUUAUAAACAAAGUAUUCAAUUAGAGGUUUGAGUAGGGAAAUAUUGUGCCAUGAUUUGAAUUUUAUCACCUGAUGUACAUGUGUAUCGUUCAAUGAGAAAGAAACAAUUUAUAUAUCUUUAUAGAGUUUUGUAGGUACACUUUAUUUAUCCAGUAUUACAAUACUCAGUUUUACAGCUUCCCAAUAUGAUUGACCAAAUCUUCCAGUCUUUAGUUUUCUUCCCUGGAUCAUUCAUUACACUUGCUUCAGACGUCACUGUCCAAACUCUCAUGGAAUUAAUACCUCCGAUGAAAAGUGGGUAUAGAUGGACAUAUACCAGCAGUACUGCCCUUCUGCGUGCAAAGCCAAUAUAAAAGCGUAGCGUUUCUCUUCUGAAUCAACUGAAUCAGCUUGUUGCCAUAGCAAUAAAACAUGGCGGAUGCAAACAGACUACCUAAUAAAAGAUCAAAUGGCCUACAGCCACGUACAGUUGCCAUUUCGGCAUUUAAUCUUUAAAAAAUAGUCGAAAGGGCAUGUAUUUGUAUCCUUUGAUAUGUUAUCAAUGCCCUUCUGGCUUCAAACCAGACGAUGUGGUCUUCGACGACCAAACUGUUACGAUUUGAAAACUCUUAAAAGUUGUAUGUUUGCCAAGUUGAUGGGCAUUUUUUUUGGGGGGGGGGGAUUGAUGGGCAAAUAAAUAAUUAAUUUUCUACAUGAAGCAUUUUCUUCCAUAGCUGGCUGGAUCUGGACAGUGUCUGUGUGUUUCUUUGUUUUCUUUUUAACAUGGUUUGUCUUUGAAGCAACCAUUCUAGUCAUCAGCUUGCACUUCUUCUUUUGACUCCUUAUCUUUACCCUCCAAAAAGAUAAGUACUGUACACGUAGCUUAGCCAUUUCAGUGCACAAAUGUUAACUUGUUACAUGUGUGUAAUUGUUCUGUUCAACUCUCAGAAGUCAGUUCCUGUAAAAGAGCAGUUUUAUGGCAUUUUAAGCAGUCUAAUUUUUGAUAACCUUGCACAAAGUAUGUUUUCCCUUUUAUCAACUUGAAGAUAAACAUUUAGGUAGAUUUUCUUGUUGGAUGAUAUCACCUUUUAAUAAUCUGUAUAAGCCUUACCAAACUUAAGGCACUACAUGUAGUUCUUUAUAUUUUCCACUACAUUUUAUUCUGAUUUUAGUAGCAUUUGUUUUUAUCAUGUAUUGCAUUUCUGUUUUAUUUUUUAUGAAAACUUGCUUCCAAAUCAUUGGCUCUUCAUUUCUACUUUUUUUUCUUCAUAACUUUUUUCAUUGUAGGUAUGUCAUUAUAAAAUGUGCAUCGGCAGAACAGACUUUCUGCUGCUCUGAAAGUUUUCACCAAAGUGUUUAAUACCUAUGUGUAUUUGACUGUAGGAUGUAGGUAGGAUGAUGAUGGUAAUGGUGGUGUAUUGAUUGUUUGCAAUAGUACUUACAAAUAGGCUUUUCUGUCUCGUGUAUUCCAAUCUAUUUAUGCUUGUUCUCUAAAAGAUGUAUUCAUCCCGAGAAAUAAUGUUGUAAUAAAUGUUUCAAUCAUCUCGACAGUACUCCUUAGCAUAAUAUCUUCCCUCGAUUUUCAUUUUUCAGGGAUAUUACUAUUUUACCCACAUAUACCUUUUGAGAGAUCCGAUAUAGAGGAUUAAUUUUUUAAAAUUAAAUUAGGCUAGGAAUGAUGAGCUUUUCUUUCUUAUUCCUCUCGAGUUAACUUUUAUAUCUCACAGCAACAAUAAAAUAUAUGCUUGAAUUUCUUUGAGUAGAUGGAGGAAUAUGAUGCAUUUAAAAGGUGUAAAUUUUAUUCAAUUUUUGCCACUUCAUAAUAAUGCAUGCAUUGUUUAUUGUACAUUAUCAUUUUAAGUUAUAUUUCUGCAAUUAAGAAAUUAAUAUGCAUAAGACUAUUAAAGAAUACUUCAGACAUUUAAGCCUUUUGUUGAAAAGUACCUUAAUUUAUUAUGUAUUUUUGCCUUUGUGUUGUAUGUAUAGCUUAUUAGCAUUACUUUCUUGUUUAUAAAAUGAAGUGAAAAACAAUCAGUGUUUUAAAAUGCAAGUUGGUGCAUGAUAGUUUCACGUCAUCAAAAGUCGUGAUUAUUGUGUCAAGCAUUUGUUUCUUUUUGUUUUCUAAUAUUGAAAUAUCGCCAAAUAAUUUCUGUUCUUGCGUAUUUCUGUGUAGCACUAUUGUAUUUUGUUUAUUUCAUUGUAGAUACCGAGAUGUGUCCAAAUAAAUACAAUAACGUGUACACGUA